UAGAUUAUUAUUUAUUAUUCUACAAGUAUUCUUUUAAUAUUAUAUUUUAAAAUGAAUUUUUAUUAUAUUUAAAUUGCAUAAACCAUCAUGUAUAAUCCAGCAGUGACCGUAAAACGCAUCGAUGUUUUGAUACGUAUUUUGAAUGGUCGUAAAUUUAUGAUAAACCCGAAUGCUGUAAGAGCGUACUCCAGCGAUGGAAAAAUAACGAUUGGAAAUGUGAGCAAGGACAUAAGUUCACCAAAAAAGAUUGAAUAUGUUCCCAAAAAAUAUUUGAUAACAGAAGAUUUACAGCUGAAAUCAUUAUCACAAAGCACCCUUAGAAAUUUAAGAUGGAUGAUGCAAAAGGAUAUUCUUGGGCAGGAUAUGUUUCUCUUAGGCAGACCUGGACCAAGCAGAAGAAAAGUAGCUCUACAGUACUUAGAAUUGACUCAGAGGGAAAUAGAAUAUGUGGCUCUAUCAAGAGAUACGACAGAAGCCGAUCUUAAACAGAGGAGAGAAAUUCAGAGUUCAACUGCCAAAUAUUUUGAUCAAAGUGCAGUGCGAGCGGCGAUAGAAGGACGAGUCCUUGUUCUAGAAGGAAUAGAGAAGGCUGAACGGAAUGUGUUGCCAGUCUUGAACAAUUUGCUCGAAAAUAGGGAGAUGCAUUUAGAAGAUGGGAGAUUUUUGAUACCAGCUUCAAGAUAUGAUAAAUUGUUGAAAGAACACGGACCUGAAGAGGUUUCAAGAUGGCGGUUGGUGCGGGUAGAUGAGAACUUUCGGGUGAUAGCGCUGGGGUUGCCAGUGCCCAAAUAUAGUGGACAGCCGUUGGAUCCGCCGCUCCGAUCGAGGUUUCAGGCGAGAGAUGUCGCUACUGUUGGAUAUGGGGAACAUUUGAGCUCCCUGAAAGAUGACGCCCCACAAGUGGAUACGAGGAAGCUGGAACAGGUCUUGUCUGCGGCGUAUGCUCUUAUCAGCCCAGAACUGCAGCAGAUCAGCUUGCCCGAUUUUCCAGUGGACAAUCUGUAUGCUGCCGCAUUAAUUUUGGAAAGAAACCAAGAAAUUCCCAUACACAAGCUUUUGUACAUUCUCUAUCCAUACAACACAUUCCUAUCAAGGGACCACAUAAAGAAUGUCGAGGCGGUCUUACACAAUCUUAAUAUUGACACCAAACCGAAAUGGAACAUAUCUCUGAGGGGAAUAGAGUUAACGGAAAAUCAGGCUGUAGUGAACAUGGAUAUCAAUGGAAAAGUAUCACAAUUUGGCGUGGCAUGUGGUGGGAGAAAGAGUAAGAGUGAAAUGAGAGGCUUUGUCAAAACUGAGUAUCAGGCUCUGCUUUUGAAUGAGUUGCUGCUAUCUCAUAGUGUUGGCGAUUUUUGUGUUGUUGGUCCAAAAGGCUGUGGGAAAAGUCUUCUAGUAAGCCAAUUAGCAGCUCUACUUGGCUAUACCAUAGAACCCAUAGUCCUAUACCAGGAUAUGACGGCCAGGGACCUCAUUCAGCAAAGAACUACCCUGGACAACGGGGACACAGUGUGGAAAAACUCGGCCUUAGUUGAAGCAGCCCUAAAAGGCCAUUUGGCCGUACUGGAUGGUUUGCAUAGGAUACAUGCCAGUACUUUGGCUGUUUUGCAUAGAUUAGUGCACGACAGGGAGUUACAAUUGCACGACGGUACAAGGUUACUUCGUCACGAUAGGUAUGAUGAGCUGGUUUCCUCUGGUCUUACACAGCAAGAGUUAGAAGAGAGUGGCGUGAAAAGAAUCCAUCCUGCUUUUAGAAUAGUGGCGUUAGCUGAACCCCCUGUGAUUGGCACUGGACAGCAAUGGUUGUCUCCUGAAAUAUUAAGUUUAUUCUUGUUUCACGACAUGAGAAAUUUAAGCAAAGAUGAGGAGAUUUUUAUUAUUAAAUCAUUGUACGGAGACAUCUCAAAUCCUUUACACUCAAUUAUAGAUUUGGCUGAUCAGUUAAGAAAAUCCGAGGAUAGUACUCUAAAAAAUCUUUCUUCCUCUUUAUCAACCCGACAACUUUUACGAAUCGCUAGCCGAAUGGCCAAAUAUCCCGCCGAUUCGUCUUACGAAACCGUCCAAAGAACCUUCCUAGCCAAAUUCCUUCCUAAUUUAGCCAGGCGAGCAUUAGACAGUGCUAGCCAAAAGAUUGGCAUAGAGCCUCCAUCAAAGUUUGGAAUAUUUAAUCGCGAACCGAAAAAAAUCGAAUGUUCUGUGAAAAAUGGUAUUCUAACAAUAGGAAACACGAGUACAGAUAUCUUCAAAACAGAAGCAUUAACUAAAGUACCGGAUAUUUUAUUCUACGAUGUUCCACAACACAUGAGGUUGCUAGAAUGGUUACUCCAAGACUUUCUACUCGGAAAUCAUUUGUUACUGGUCGGUAACCAAGGUGUUGGAAAGAAUAAGAUAGCUGAUAGACUUCUUCAACUCUUGAACCGUCCAAGGGAAUAUAUUCAGUUACAUAGAGAUACUACAGUCCAGUCUUUAACUGUCCAACCAACUGUCAGAGAUGGAAUAGUUAUCUACGAAGAUUCUCCUUUAGUUAAAGCCGUUAAAUAUGGCCACGUCUUAGUCGUAGAUGAGGCAGAUAAAGCGCCAACUCACGUUACUUGCAUCCUGAAAACUUUGGUUGAAAAUGGGGAGAUGAUCUUGAGCGAUGGAAGAAGGAUCGUUCCAAAAGAUAUGUUGGAAAGUUCUGGAGGAAAUGUCUCCAGUUUUAUUCCCGUGCACGAGGAUUUCAGGAUGAUAGUGUUGGCAAACAGACCAGGAUUUCCGUUUUUGGGGAAUGAUUUCUUCGCUUCUUUGGGUGACCUUUUCUCAUGCCACGCUGUGGACAACCCUUCCAUAGAUUCUGAGCUGGAGUUACUCCGGUCUUACGGGCCAGAUGUGCCACAGGAUAUAAUGAAGAAAUUGGUGCAAGCUUUCGCGCAGCUCAGGAAUAUGGCCGAUCAAGGACAGUUGACGUAUCCGUAUUCUACGCGGGAGUUGGUCAAUAUCGUGAAACAUUUGCAGAAAUACCCGGAAGAGGAUAUAGCGACAGCCAUCGGUAACGUGUUCGACUUCGAUCGCUACAGCAAAGACAUGGCAGAUGCGCUACUGGAAGUCUUACACUCUAGCGGUCUGCCCACCGAAGGAGUGCUGGACGGGCGAUCGAAAGAGGCUCUUAAGAAGUUACAGAUGACUAUCGAAAGAACUAGCGGAAAAGACGUAUCGUCUCCAAAACACGGCAAAGAAGACCCGGACAAUCAACCCCAUGUUGGUGGUAAUACGUGGGCUGGUGGUACUGGGGGACGGGACACAGCCGGCUUAGGGGGUAAAGGCGGCCCUUACCGACUUGAUAAAGGGCAUGAUGUACAUCAGUUAUCAGAUGCUGAAAAGGACGAUGUACCGGAACACGUGAAGAAGGCAGCGCGUGAGAUGAAUAGGAAGGCUUUCGAGGAGAGAUUAAAGGAGAUUAAGAUGAGCGAAUACGAUGCAAAACUGUAUGGACAGUUCCUACGGGCUGUGCAGCCUCAGAUAGGAGCACUUCGGGGAGUGUUGGCAGAACUUCAGGCAAAGAAAAAAGAACGACAAUGGAGCCGACAUCAGACGAGCGGUGAAUUAGAUGAUGGGAAAAUUAUUGAAGGUCUAACAGGCGAGAGAUCGAUUUAUAGGCGGAGAACCGAACAAGAGCCGCCACCUGGGUCACCCCCAGACAAACCGAAGAGGCUACGUUUAGUGCUAGAUGUUUCGGGCAGUAUGUAUAGGUUUAACUCCUACGACGGUCGACUAGAAAGGUCUAUGGAAGCUGUAGUUUUAUUGACUGAAGCUCUCAAGGGUUACGAGGCGCGUAUCAGAUACGAUAUGUACGCGCAUUCAGGAGAAGAGCACGCGUUGGAACUGGUCAGGGUCGACCGACCGCCGGAAAACGAGAAAAAGAGACUACAGAUAAUCCGCACUAUGCACGCACACGCACAGUUCUGUUGGUCCGGAGACAAUACUCUACCAGCAACGAAGCACGCGAUCUCAACGCUCGCCAAUGAAGACGCUGACGAAGCUAUUGUGUUGAUAUUGUCCGACGCUAACUUGAGGAGAUACGGCAUUCCACCUGAGCAUUUAGGCACUAUACUAACCUCGGAUCCAAGAGUGCAAGCGCAUGUCAUAUUUAUUGGAAGCCUUGGCGACGAAGCUAAUACAUUGCUUCGCAAACUGCCAGUGGGUCACGCGCACGUGUGCAUGGAAGUGGCAUCGCUACCGCACAUAAUGCAACAGAUCUUCGCCUCAUCCUUGUUGCAGAAUACUUGACGAUAAUCCAUAGUUAUAUUACUCUAGCUAAAUUGUAUAUGCGACCAAAUAACUGUAAGCUGUUUUUCCGGAUAUCGAUUCAAUUUAAUUGAAUCCAGACCGUUUUGGGUAAUAACUCUCAAAAUAUAAUAUAUUAUAUGUAGGAUAAAACCAAAAAAAGCCUUUAUUGAGUGAUAUUCCAAUGAAAUAUUGAGUACAAACUGUUUAAAAAGGAAUUUUUAAAACCAGUGCUCAAAACAAAAGUUAACGGUUACAAAUUCACUAUACAGGAUAUAUUUGUGAUAUCACAAAUAUAAACAACACGUGUAAACCAACGAAUAUAUGGACAAAUAACGAACAGUGGACAUAAUAAGUGAAUAAAAAUAAAGAAACUAUAAGUAGGAUGAAAAUAAAAAAUAAAUUAAUGAAAAAUUGUCAAAAUAUGUUUACAUACAUAGAAUUAAGAACAUUCAGAAACCGCGUACACAACUAAUAUUUAAGCAUCAAAACCACUUCGCUUUAGUAGUUUUUCUCACUUAGUCACUUAAUUCCGUUUAGCUUAGUUAGUUGACUGUAAUUAUUUCACCUCUAAUGUUCUAAACGUUUUCCCAUAAAAUGGGAAAAGUUUGUGAGCUAGCAACAUUCCGCACUUAACUUAUUUAAGCUAGACGCGCGUGUGGCGUUUUCACUAUUUUUGGACACAAUGCACUGGAUGCCAUUAUGGCUUAAUGAGGGUUCUGUAUGUUCUGAAUUCUGUGGAUACAUAUAUCCUAUUGUUCCAUCAUAUGCUAUAGUUUCCCGUUUCCUUUUUUUGUCAUCGCAAUUGACCCAUAAUGCUAUUUAAAAGCUAAAUAUGUUUAUUUCCUUAGAUUUUCAGUUUUGGAAAUAACAUCAAUUGAACAAAUUUUAAUAAAUAAAUAAAGCAACGUGACUUUAAAAAA